UUUGAAGGAAGUUAGGGUUAGAGGCGAGAAGGAUUUGGAAUGUGCAACAAAGGGGUUUUUUUUUUUUUUUUUUUUAUGUGGGAUCCUGAUUUAUUCCUCCUCCCUACUUCGUGCAGAGUUUGAGAAAAUGUCCUCAGAAGGAACAGAAAGUGUAAUUGGGAGUGAGGUGAUGCCCCUAGACUAUGGGAGCAUGGACGCAGAGAGCAGUCCAUCUCCAUCUAGUUCGGAGAAAACGGUAGAGGGGGUGAGAGGAGAUGAGGUGGUGGAGGUUGGGGAGAGAGAGGUGGUAGAGGUGGGGAGGAAUGAGGUGGUAGGGGUUAGGGUAGAUAGCAUACCCAUUACCGUAGUAGAAGUAGAGGGUAGAGGAGAGAGGAAUUAUGAUGUGAAUGCAGAAAUAGUGGAGGAGGUGAAGCAGUACAGAUCUGAGCUAAGGACCAGGGAUAGCCUGGGUCACUUAGUAGAAAAUUACGAGAUCUCGUCUCGAGUGUUAGUUAGGCCAGCUGAGGUAGAGGAGAGGGCGUGCUCUGCUCCUCGGGAUCACUGGAUGCCUGUGUAUUCCCACUAUUUGAUAGCGGGACUCAGGUUUCCACUUCCUGAGUUGCUAGUGGGUUUACUGUUAGAUUACAACAUAGGGUUGACACAGUUGGUCCCCAACGCAAUGUGGGGGGGUAGUAGGAGAGAUAAGGGGUGGUAUUAUUUCACCCCGAGGGUGGCUAGUAAGGAGAGUAGGUCGUUGUUUACGGCGGGUCCUUCAUCCAUUAAAGGAUGGAAGGAGAAAUUCUUUUUUGUAGAUGAUACGGAGUGGGGAAAAGGGGAUGCCAAGGUGAGGGAGUUAGCCUCCUGGAAGGCCAAAAGGGCCAACCAGAAUAGCGCACAAUGCAUAGAGGCUACUGAGCUCUAUGGGCCAAGCGCUUUGAGUGAAGCUGAAAUGGACCAGUUCCUGAACACUGCUGGAGGAGCGGCCAUCCCCAAGAAGCCAAGGAAGAAGUCAAAGACUUCAACCAAACAAGUGGAUGAGGGGAGGACCAGGAAAGAGGCAGUGCUUGCGGCUUCAGCUGAGACGGAGGAGGAGAGGGUGGUGGAGGAGGAGACGGGGAAUGAGGUCCCUGUGUUCGUACCUCAGCCUUCUCUUGUUGAGCUUGACCCUGAGCUCAAACAGUUGGAGGAGGGGGCUGAGGUACGAGCUCCUGGUAAGGGAAAGGGCCCUAUUCCCCCACUGGGGCCUCAGAGCAGCCUGUUCGAGGUGAAGAACAUAACGGGGGCCAGGUGGUUCAUUAACAACACCUUCCCCAAGGUGGACCAAAGCAACGCGCGGGAGGAAGCUCUGAGGUAUGGUGGAGCGUCCGUGGUGAAGCAUGUUCUAGAGCGCAAACUGGGUGAAUGGUCUAGCCCAGGAAUUCAGGGAGAGCCUGAAGGAUCGCGCACUCUUGCAGAGGCAGCGGGACUAGCUGCAGAAAGAGAAGGAGGAUUGGAGCAGGAGAGGGCUUCCCUGAGCACCAAGCUCACUUUUGAGGAGAGUAAACGAAGGAUCGUUGAAAGCGAGCGUGAGGCUCAGGCGCAAGAAAUGAAGCUGAUGACGAAGGCAUUCAAGGAGUUGAAGGGGAACAUGCGGAAGUUAGUGCAUAAUGGGAUGAAGGAGCACAUCAGCAACUUCAUCAGUUCCAGCUCCUUUGAUAGCAUCGUCAACCUGUACCGGCUGCCCACUGCCAUCAUCGCUUUUACAGACUGCAGAAAGAAGGUGAAGGCUGAAUAUCCCGAAGUGGAUGUGACGAAGAUCACCUUCGGCGAGCAAGAAGGAGGAGUGGAGGAGGAUGGCGAGAGCAUGUCAGCAGACUUCCAUCCUCAGAUUAAGCUGAGGUGGGAGGAUGAUGCAGACGGUCUUGCUGUUUUUCCUCCACAGUUCGACUUCGAGUUCGUUGCAGUGGAUGAAGAAGGGGCAGAGGUAGAAGAGGGCGAGAUGAAGGCAGGAGUGGAGGGAACUGAAGUGGGUGAGGUCCAACCAGUUCCAGAAGUGGAGAUUCAUCUAGUUCCUUCUGACGAUGAGCAGCCUCCUAUACCGGAUGAGCAGCAGCUAACUCAGCCACCUCCUUCAGCUGAGCAGGAGCCAGUGGAGCCACCUCUCCCAUCAGGGAAAUAAUUUUGUUUUUUGAUUUUUUGUAAAGACUAUUAAACAGUUUGUAAUAUUUAUGUUAUUCUGAAUGAAAAUUCAUUUUUGAA